AUGAUUGAGAUUCCAAAGGCCGAAUCCCUCUUGGAGAUGUUCUCCUUGAAGGGAAAGGUUGUCAUCGUCACCGGUGCUUCAGGGCCAAGAGGAAUGGGUAUUGAGGCUGCUCGCGGAUGUGCCGAGAUGGGAGCGGAUCUUGCCAUCACCUAUGCCUCCCGCCCAGAGGGUGGUGAGAAGAACGCCAAGGAGCUCGCUGAGAAAUACGGUGUCAAGGUUAAGGCGUACAAGUGCGACGUUGGAAGCUUUGAGUCUGUUGAUACUCUUGUCAAAGAUGUCAUCAAGGAAUUCGGUAAAGUCGAUGCCUUCAUCGCCAACGCUGGACGUACUGCCGAUAGCGGUAUCCUCGAGGGAUCCGUCGAGGCCUGGAACGAAGUCAUCCAAACCGACUUGAACGGAACCUUCCACUGCGCAAAGGCCGUCGGAGCACACUUCAAGGAGAGAGGAACUGGAUCCCUCGUCAUCACCGCCUCAAUGUCUGGUCACAUUGCCAACUUCCCACAAGAACAAACCUCAUAUAACGUUGCAAAGGCUGGCUGCAUCCACAUGGCCAAGUCUUUGGCCAACGAGUGGCGCGACUUUGCCCGUGUCAACACCAUCUCCCCUGGUUACAUCGACACUGGUCUCUCUGAUUUCGUUGCCAAGGAGACCCAGGAUCUCUGGAAGAGCAUGAUUCCUAUGGGCCGAAAUGGUGAUGCUAAGGAGUUGAAGGGUGCUUAUGUUUACCUUGUUUCCGAUGCUUCAACCUAUACCACUGGUUCAGAUAUCCUCAUUGACGGAGGUUACUGCGCUCGUUGA